GCUGGCUGGACCGUCCGAGAUGAUGGCGGCGGAGCGGGGCGGCGAGCCCGGUUCGGCCGCGGCGGAUUACUCCAUGUUGGUGGUGGUCGGCAUGGUCGGGGCGCUGCGGGCCGACGGCCUCUUGGAGCGGCUCUUGCAGCAGAUCGAGUCGGGCGUUCGCCGCUGGCGCGUCCCGAUGAAGCUGGACGUUCUGGACCAGCAGCUGAAGCUCUUUGUGUCCCGACAUUCGGCCUUCGCGUCAGAGGAGGUUCCGGGUCAGCGGACGCUGCAGCACCGCGGUGACAUCCUGGACACGCAAGUGGUGCUGAAUCCAGCUCACGACCUGGUCUGCUCUGAGGUGCGGCGGCUGCUAUGCGAGCCUUCUCGACACAAACUUUUGGUAUUGGCCGGUCAGUGCGUGGAGGACAGCGGCGAUUUGGUGCUGCAGAAAGGCCUCUUCUCCUUCAGCGACUUGAUUGAGAUCUGCUCCGACGAAGAGGUGAGUCUCUCCCGGAGCUCGGCGGACCCCGCGACUCUCACCCUGGCCUGUCCGGACUCGGGCCUCUGGAGAGAGGCCUCGUCAGAGGAGCGCCGGCCAGGGGACUUCCUGAACGUCCGGAUCAACCCUCCCCCGCUCCUUCCGCAGAUGGAGGGUCUGCAAGAGUUCACGGAGUACCUCUCUGAGUCUCUGGAGCCCGAGUCGCCGUUCGAGCUCUUGGAACCUCCCACGACGGCGGGAUUCCUGAAACUCUCGCGGCCCUGCUGCUACAUCUUCCCCGGCGGUACGGGGGACUGCGCCUUCUUCGCCGUCAACGGUUUCAACGUCCUGGUCGACGGCGGCUCGGACCACCGCGCCUGCUUCUGGAAACUGGUCCGACACCUAGACCGAAUCGACUCCAUUCUGGUCACGCACGUCGGCGUGGACAAUCUACCCGGGGUGAACAGUCUGCUGCUGAGAAAAAUAGCCGAGCGGGACCGGGAUUUGGCCGAAGAGGAACGGGUCAAAAAUCUCAUUUCCCCGGAGAUCGGGGUGGUUUUUCUCAACGUCCCGGAAAGACCCAAAGUCGGCCCGGCGGAUUCCGGCGAGCUCCGCGCCGCCGACCAGGGCGCGCUGAUCUCCGAGAGCCUGCGGAAACUCUCCGUCGAGCCGCGGCCUUUGCGUCGCUCUAACGGGCCCUCCGUCGACCCGCUCGUCUUGUUCCACAAGAUGGGAGUCGGCCGUCUGGAGCUAUACCCUUUGAAUCCUGUCGCCGGCGGUAGAGAAUCGGAAGAGUCCUCGCGGGGUUCCGGCUCCGAGAGCUCCGAUCUUUCGCCAACGUGCCUGGCUUCCGUCUGCGCUUUGCUGGUUUGGCAUCCUUCCGACAGUCGGGAAAAGAUCGUCCGAGUCCUUUUCCCGGGAUCCACGCCGCAGGCCAAAAUCCUGGAUGGACUCGACAGACUCAAACAUUUGGAUUUCCUCAACGUUCCCGUGGCGAGCUCCGCGGAUCUGCUAACACCCGCGGAACAGAAGCCGGCCAAACCGUCCGAGGGUCGGGAAAACCUCAAGUCCGGAGAAGCGCGAGUCGUCUCCGCCUUCCAAAAGGACAAAAGCGGACGAGUUCCCGUGAAAAAACAGGAGGUUAAACUCAACCCGAAGGCGGCGGGGGAGCACGUGUCCAAAGAGAAAGAGCGAGAGGUCAAAUCCAAGCUCCUCAAGCCUUCCGAGAAGCUCCUUUUCAAAAAGAAAGAGGAGCGGGUGAUUGCCGCCGUUGCGAAGAGAGAAAGUCUGAGGCUAGAUGCUACCAAGACCAAGAAAGAAAACAAACCCGAAGCCAAAAAAGACAAAAAAAUGGCUCCGACACUUGCCAAGGACGUGAAGAAAGCGGGCGGAGCCUCGAUCGCCGACGUGAAAAAACAAGUCGGCGGGAAUCUAAACAAAGGGACGAAAGCUAAUGCGGAGAAGGACAAGCGGGUUUUCACAGCCAUAGACGACAACAGGAACAGCAUCAAAGAGACCUCCCGACUUCCAAAUUGGGCCGGCGUCAGGAAGAACCCCCACGCGACUCAAACCAGUCCGGAGACCCGGCCCGGUACGGACGUCUCCUUCGUGUCCUCAGAAGAUCCCGGAGUCGAAAGACAACUCGGUCCGGACGUGGACAGCUGUGAGCAGAAGAGUCCCGCCCGGGACGACUUUCAGAAUCAAGCAUCCACCAAAAAUAUUAGAAACAUUCCAGACUCUCCUUCGAUUCCCGCAAACAUGGAGGAUUUCCAUACGCUUUCCUCGGAGACUGCGGAAUCGCCGACGGAAUGCCGGUCCGACGGGCAUUACUCGGAUCAAGAUACGGAGCGGGACUCGACCCUGGCGCUUAACGGUCACGCGGACAUUCCUCACAAUGUGGAUCUGUGCUUGGUGUCGCCGUGCGAGUUCCGGCACUGCGCGGUCCGAGCGGCGGAGAACCUCGGACCGGACCGGCGUCCCUCCGCGGACGCUCCGUCGGCCCCGGUCGAGGACCCGCCCCGUUUAACUCCCCGGCCGGAAGCUGGCGCGGCAGACGCGGACCCCCCCGGCAAGAACCAAAGGCCUUCUGUUGGCAAGACCAAAAAAAUGCCAGCGGGAACCCUGCAAAGGGGGACUUGGGGAAGCCAGAACGGCAAAUCCAAGACCGUUAAACGCUCCCCGGCCCUCGAGAGGAAGGCGUCCGUCCGGAUCUCAUCGGCCGGAUCUCGAAGCGGGAGCGCCAAAGCAGCGUCCAAAGCGGCGGACGUCUCGCCCGUUCACGUGGACCUGGCCUACCUGCCGUCCGGGUCCGCCUCGUCCACCGUCGACUCGGAAUUGUUCCGACGCCUUCGCGCUUCCUACUACGUGGUGAGCGGCGAGGAGCGGGUUAAAGCGGCGGCCAUGAGGAGCAUCCUGGACGCCCUGCUGGACGGCAAGAGCGCCUGGCCGGACGCGCAGGUGACGCUCAUCCCGACGUUCGAUUCGGCGGCCAUGCACGAGUGGUACCGAGACAGCCGCGAGCGGCAGAGGCUGCUGUCCGUCACCGUUUUGGGGAGCAACAGCACCGUGGCCAUGCAGGAGGAAACCUUUCCCGCCUGCAAGGUGGAGUUCUGAGUCCGGCCGGAACGCACCCAAGCGAGCGAACCUUUAGCCCGGGGGUGUCAAAGCAAUUUCGCAAAGGGCCGCGCAACCCGUCAAGAGGACUGGUGUCUUACAAGUGCAAUCAGGUGCUUGUUGUUUCCCCCGACCCCUCAAUGGUUAAACUACCUGUGCUGGAUCAGUUCUAACAAUGACCAGGACCCACUGUGGCCCUCCCUCGAGGACCCUGGACAUGGGUCUGACUGCAGCCCAGAGCCAAGCGACAGCCGUUACAAACCACACCUGCUGAUGGUACGGUGCCGCCAACAAUUUGUUGACUAUGUGAAGUUCAAAUGGUUUUUACAACUAUAGGGGUAUCCAACUCCGUUCCUGGAGAGCCCCUACACAGCUUGUUUUCCAUAUCAACACACCAGACUCAAAUCAUCAGGAUCGUUAUCUGGCUCCUGCUGAUGAGCCGAUCAUUUGAUUCAGGUGUGUUAAAGGAGGGAGGAAGACAUGGAAAACAAGCUGGAUAGGGGCUCUUCAGAACUGGAGUUGGAUACCCCUGCCCUAACCCAAUUCCUUACCCUAACCCUAACCUGGAAACAGGGGCGUGCCUAAACAUAAUCAUAGCAUGUAUUGGACCAUGCCCAUAUUUGGCCACGUUUGUGUGAUUCUCUUUGAACAACCACAAUGGCUAUCUGUUAUCAGAAGCUGUGCUUAUGACUCACUGCUCUUACCAGUCAGGACCGUCUGUCAAGGUUUUAAUUUAAGAUGUUUUUCUGAUGAAAAAAUCCGUUUUGGCCCUUUCAACAGUAUAAAACACUUGCCUUACUUUUGCGAGAUCACAGCCCUUGUCUGUAUCACAUUUGUACCCAGAAUAUUCUGUUUAUAAAGCCUUCGAAGCAAACCCGAAAUUCAAAGAACACGCGAAGGACAAAGAGAGAAAAUAGCGUCCUUCAACAAUAACUUGAUUAUUGUAACCUUUGCUAUGUUUGGAAGCCGUUAAAGUUGUUCAAAUUGCUCCCAGUAUUGCAUGAUUUCCCUUUUGUCUACUUUCCACAUGUGAAAGUCAAUAUUUUGCUGAGUUUUUAGAUAAAAAGUGACUCAUCUUAGGUUGGCUACAACAGAGCCUGCCUGAGAAGUCUACUGCUUUAAGAUGGCGGCUGGUUACUAACGCCGCCGAGUUAUCAUUUUUCAUCGAGUUCUAUGUACAUGUGAUAUCUAUGAGACGUGACCAUGUGGGCCUACAACCCCUAGCAAAAAGUAUGGAAUCGCCAGUCUCGGACGAGCACUCGCUCAGACAUUUUAUCAUGUAGAACAAACUCAGAUAAAAAGCCAAUGCAGAUUCUUGACUCUUGACAAGGUGAUGAUGCUGGAACUUUGGUUUGGUGCUGUUCCAGUGAGAUUUACAAAGAUGACUGUCUGAAGAAAACAUCAAAAUUCCCUCAGUCCUUGAUGAUAUGGGGCUGCAUGUCGGGCAAAGGCACUGUAGUUAUCUUCAAUAAAUUCACAAGUUUACACAGAAAUUUCAGACAGCUUUCCUAUCCCUUCAAUUGAAAAUAUGUCAUUUUCCAAGAUGACAAUGCAUCAUGCCACAGAGCUUAAACUGUAAAAAAAUGGUCCACAGCAAGGCUCCGACCUGCUAGGAUGAUCCGGUAACUGCAAUCAAAGAGAGUUGGCACCGAAUUGAUGGAAAAUACUCAUCAAGUCCAUGCCUCAGAGACUGCAAGAUGUCAUAAAAGCCAGAGGUGGUCCUACUAAAUACUAGAGAUGUGUUUUGAUUGUUAUUUCUUUGUUUGUUUCUCAUGAUUCCAAUUUCUUUUCCUCAGAAUGGAGUGAUUCCGUCUAUAUUUCCCUGUACUUGCUCUAUAAAAGUAACAUUUACUGACUACAAAAUUGUUUUUUAUUCAUUUCUUUUAGUGUUUCUGAAUGCUAAAGAGUUGCACUUUUGAACUGGUGAUUCCAUACUUUUUGCUAGGGGUUGUAGAACCAAGUCCGCAAGGGGCCGGAUUGGAUCCCCUGGUUUUGACACCCUUCAACUACGUUAUUAUGACCCCCCCAAAAAAGUGCAAAUUGACGAGAAAUCUUCCUCUUUGCUCUUACCAUAAGUACAAGAGCACAUGAAGGCAAAAAAUGUGAAAUCAUUUGUUCCGACUGAAGUUUUGAUGCAUGAACACGCAAGUCCCAAUAUUUUCAGUGUCAACAAAAACAGUACAUCCCAUCAUCAUUUCAAUUUCAAGAAUACUGAUCGGAUGAAGGAAAUUUUCUCCAUGUAAAGGAAAAAUGGAGAGAAUUCAAGUUGUGUGUUUGAAGGCCUGACAUGAUAAGACGGUUUCCUUGCUAUUCUGUUGAUUCUUGAUUAAACAACAUUG